AUGCUUUCCGCUACUCUCAUCACAGCCGUGUUUGUUGCCCGAGUCGCCGCAGAGAGUCAAUCCGCCGUCGCCCUCACUCCUUCCAAUGGCUGGUACGGUGUCGAUGGAAACUGGUCGGCAAUCGAGCUCCAGGUUGGUACACCCGGUCAGACUGUCAAUGUUCUCCCGAGCACGUCACUGUCUGAGUUCUGGGUCAUCGGAGCUGGUGGCUGCGACGCAAACGGCAGCCUUUGCAAUAGUGCUAGAGGUGGCGUCUUCGAGAUGGCCGGCUCCAAAUCUUGGAGUUCUCUAGGCACAUGGCAGCUUGGCUUCGACUAUCUCAACAACGGUGGGAAUGGUGAUUAUGGACUGGAAACCCUCUCAGCCACUCUGUUGGAGGGUGAUGGAUUAUUGAGUAUGGACAACAUCAUCACUGCGUCAAUCAACACCACUAGCUACUACCUUGGCUUUCUCGGCCUCGGCGUCACCAAAGGGAGUUUUGGCAACCGGGUAGCAGAGUCGCCCUUCUCUCAAGCCGUCAAGAAAUACGGUCGCAUCCCCAGCUACAGCUACGGCUACACUGCUGGAGCUCACUACAUGGGCGUCUCUGGUACGCCCUGUUCUCUGACUCUAGGAGGCUACGACGAGAGCCGAUUCAUACAGCACAACAACGAGUUCUCCCUGGAUCCCAGCGAUGGACUACCUCACGCCCUCGUCCGUGCCAUCGAGGUGACAACCGGUCAGGAUAAGGUGCUGCCCGGUGGUUGGAACACCAGCACUCGCAUUCUGUCCGACAUGUCGACUUCUUUCAUCGCCAUGAUCGACAGCUCGACUCCCUAUCUUUGGCUGCCGGACGCUAUUUGCGACCAGUUUGCCCAAGCUUUCAACCUGACUUACAAUAGCACAUUCGAGCUGUACACACUCACAGAUGGCCAGUACACCGACUUCAAGUCUGCCUCCUCGUCCUAUUCAUUCACCUUCUCUUUCACCAGCCAAGACAACAGCGACGAUUUCGGCCACCCGCUCACUGUCCCCGGCGUCGUCAACAUCACCAUCACUGCUGCCGCCUUCGCCCAGUCCCUGCGGUACCCCUUCCAGAGCGACGCGAUCCAAGACGGCGACCCUGCCGUUCCUUACUUCCCUCUGCGACGAGCAUCCAGCCUGACGGACACCUUCAUUAUUGGGAGAUCGUUCCUGCAGGAAGCCUACCUCAUCACCAAGUACGACACUGGCGUCUUCUCUCUCCACCAGGCCCUCUUCCCGGACGAGCCACUAGAGUCUGUCCAGCUCCGUAACGUGGCACAACCAAACAACAGCACCUUUCCGCCACCGUCGAACCUCCAUGGGGGCCUCUCGACGGCGCAGAUGGGUGGUAUUGCGGCGGGAGCGACCGCGGGCUGCGUCAUCAUGCUCGCUUGCUGGUACCUCUAUCGCCGCCAGAAGAAGUCGAGGGCAAACAUCAGAGCAUUGGAGGAUGCGAAGGAUGCCGCCUCAUCGAUCAUGCCGGAGCCACCCAAGAGACCGGUGACCAUGGUAUUCACCAAGAUACUUGGCAAGAAGAAGGCCAAAAGAGCCUCCGCGCAUGAGGUUAUGGGCAGCUCUUCCCACCCUGCCGAGGUGGGGGCUGACGCCAACCACGCUCUAUACGAACUGCCAGUUUUGGCGAACCCGACAGAGCUGGGCGGCGACGACUGUAAGUCAGCACUUUCACAUACAGAUUUAGAAGUGGGCGGCAGGUACAGCAGCAUGGGCCCAUUUGACGUGGGAACAAGAAACGUAGAAAUUCGUCUCCAAAGCCCCGUGCCGGCAUAUAGCCCGCCCGGAACCCCAGCAGCCUUCCCGCCCUCAGAGAAAUUGUUACGGGACACGAGCCCUGCUGCAACCUCUAGACCCGAAGAGUAUCGGUCGCUGCCGUCUGUAUCUCCAACAUCGAUUCGCGGGUCACUCCCGUCACCAUUGAGCUUCCGCUCAGGGGAAUGGACGAACCGCACGUCGGAUCUCCUGUCUCCCUGGAUGGAUGGCCAGUCGUUGCAUGAGCCGGCUUUCACGGGAAACAACGCCGAAAACCCCUUCCUUUAUCCCGUUUCUCCCGAGAGCGAGGUCUUCACGUCAAGUACCGCAAACUCCUCAAACAUGCCGCCGCCCAUUCCGGUCUCCGUUCUACCUACAUCGCCCCUUCCGACUCACCGCAGGGCGCCGCCGAUGGAAUUCACAAACGUGAUUUGCUUAGGCCCUUUGCCAGAUAACAUCGCCUUACCAGCGCCGCCGGCGAGGCCUCCGAGACCCCCUCCACCGGCGCCCCCCCCAGUGAUCCCCGACGUUGCGGUUUCCGAGAUCCUCGCCGCGAACCGCGCCUCGACCGACACCUUGGGAAGCAACUGGACCGAGUUCGAGGAGGAAUUGAUUGCGCAAGAGAUUACGAGGCAAGAGAGCCUCCGGGAGCAGGUCAGGAACCAGGACUUGGAGCCGAGCUCACCGCUCAGCCUGCACCGCCUCGACGGGACUGAGUUGAUUCACAUUCCCCAGCCAGCGGAACGACGUUACAGCUGGGAGAAUUGA